AUGGCGAGCACCACGGCUACUCCCAUGGAGGAUGCUAUCCGAUCCAAAGUCACGGAAGCCUUGAAGCCGACCGUUCUCGAGAUUCGUAACAAUUCGCACCUACAUUCUCAUCACAAGGCUAUGCAAGGCGUGACUUCCAAAGAGACGCACUUCGCGCUAAACAUCGUCUCGCCCGAGUUUGCAUCCAAGAUGCAACCUGCACGUCACCGCAUGGUCUAUGCCCUAUUAAAAGAAGAGCUUGAGCGGGAGGGGGGUAUACAUGCCUUGGAGCUACGCACAAAGACGCCAGAAGAAGAAGAGAAGCUGCAAGCAAAGGCGACGUCUGGUUGA